AUGGCGCAGAUCUUUCAGAAGGAUCCGCGGCAAGCGGGUCUUUUCAUCGGUGGCCAGCGCCUCUCUGGGUCGGAUAUCCGGGACCAGAAUGUGCUUGCUGUACAGUCAAUCGCAAAUGUGGUGAAGUCGUCACUCGGCCCCGUAGGCCUUGACAAAAUGCUCGUGGACGACAUCGGUGAUGUAAUGAUCUCGAAUGAUGGCGCCACAAUUCUCCAGCUCCUGGAGGUUGACCAUCCAGCCGGUCGUAUUCUAGUCGAGCUGGCGCAGCAGCAAGACAAGGAAGUGGGCGAUGGGACGACAUCUGUGGUUAUAUUGGCAGCUGAACUGCUGCGACGCGCGAACGAGCUUGUGAAAAACAAGAUUCAUCCUACCACCAUUAUCACCGGCUACCGCUUGGCAUGUCGCGAGGCGCUCAAGUACAUCCAGGAUGUGUUGGCUGUAAAGGUAGAUGCACUUGGCAGAGAAAGUCUGAUCAACGUGGCCAAGACCAGUAUGGCCAGCAAAAUCAUCGGAAGCGAUGACGACUUUUUCGCUCAGCUGGCUGUCAAUGCUAUGCUGUCUGUAAAGACAGUCAAUGGCCGUGGUGAGACCAAGUACCCGGUCAAGGCAGUCAAUAUCCUCAAGGCGCACGGAAAGUCGGCUCGUGAGUCUAUGUUUAUUCAGGGAUAUGCACUGAACUGCACUGUCGCAUCGCAGGCGAUGAAGACGCGCAUCGCUGGCGCCAAGAUUGCAUGCCUCGACAUCAACCUGGUGAAACAGCGGAUGCACAUGGGCGUCCACAUCACUAUUGAUGAUCCUGACCAACUGGAAAAGAUCCGCGCUCGCGAGAGCGAGAUCGUGCUGGAACGCGUGCGCAAGAUCCUUGCGACAGGUGCGAAUGUGAUCUUGACGACGAAGGGCAUUGAUGAUCUGUGCCUAAAGGAAUUUGUACAGGCUGGAGCCAUGGCUGUGCGCCGCUGCAAGAAGGAGGAUCUGCGCCGCAUCGCAAAAGCGACUGGCGGCCAGUUUGUGAGCAGCUUGGCGAACCUGGACGGCGAAGAAUCGUUCGACGCAAGCAGCCUGGGUCAUGCAGACGAAGUGACGCAGGAGCGCGUGGGUGACAAUGAGCUGAUCCUUGUGCGUGGUUCAAAAGUGCACAGCUCGAGCUCUGUGGUGCUUCGUGGCGCAAACGAGUACAUGCUCGAUGAAAUGGAGCGUGCCUUGCAUGACAGUCUAUCGGUUGUGAAGCGGACACUAGAGAGUGGUUCUGUAGUGCCAGGUGGCGGUGCCGUUGAAUCAGCGUUGGACAUCUAUCUUGAAAACUUCGCUACGACGCUCGGGUCUCGAGAGCAACUGGCUAUCGCAGAGUUUGCACAGGCCCUGCUGAUUAUUCCCAAGACACUUGCUGUGAACGCUGCCAAGGACAGCACAGACCUGGUCGCCAAGUUGCGUGCCUAUCAUACAGCAGCACAGAAUGCGGAUGCAGCUGACCCGAAGAAGACGUUGCGCUUCUUUGGUCUGGAUCUGCUGUCAGGCGCGGUGCGAGACAAUUUGCGUGCGGGUGUAUUGGAGCCCACAAUGAGCAAGUUGCGGAGUCUUAAGAGCAGCGUGGAGGCAGCCACAAGCUUGCUGCGUAUUGACGAUGCCAUUACUAUUCCUCCUGAGCCGCCAAAGGAGGAUCCGCAUGAUCACAUGUAG